AAAUAUUCUGUCAUAUGAAUAUUCUGUCAUUUUAAAUUUGGGAGCUGGUAGUAAGAUAACUAGUAUGUGAUUUUAGACAUUGGAUCAGACUAUCACAUGAAUUGCAAAGAUGGGAUUUACAUACUCUGGUUCCACCCAUGUGAGUGCCAUUUAAUCUUUCUCAAAUAGGUUCUGGCAUAAAGGGUUAAUGCUUGCUUUUGCUAAUUUUGUUUUCAAGUUAAAAUGUUGGAAGAGAAAACAUUAGUAUCAUAAAACUUUAUAUGGUAUUUAUCUAUAUUUCUUAUAUAUAUUCUUAAACUUUAUUUUUUCUGAAGUUUGAUUUUAUAUAAAUAUAAAUUUUGUAUCAUGAUACAUUAUUUUAUAGGCAGAUACAAUUACAAUUUAUAUAUAUAAAUAUUUAUAUAUAUAAAAUUCAUAAAAUUCCAUGUAUAUCCCAAGAUGGUGUAUCUCAAGAACAUAUGGUUAUUAGAUUGACAAAAAUCUCAUUCAAAUCUUUAUAGAAAAAGAACGAAGUAAUUCUUUUAAAAAUUAGAGACUAAUUUGGCUUAUUAGUUUGAAUAAAAAUGUUGUAGAUUGUUAGAAGUCUUCAAAUUUAUUCAUUAGUUUGGGGGCAAGUAUAUGCCAAUUCUACUAUUUCCUUUGAGCUAGUAGCUGAAGAUUAUUAUCUAUCUCCAUAUGCAAUUUAUUUUUUAUUAGUUUCUCUUUUAGUUGUACAUACUUUUAGGGUUCAUUUUGAAACAAUUAUAUGAGUGUGGAAUAUCAGUAUGCAAUUUAAAAGAGACUCUACUUCCUGAAUUUGUUAACAAGUAAAAGCUGUCCUCCUACUGUCUUUACUCACAAUGUGAAUUUUUUUCUUAUUUUUCUGUUGAAUUACAAUGUAUUCUUCUUUAUGGAUGGUAAUUUGGGGUUUCUUUCUCCUUUUAAUUGACUUCAAAGUAUAAACUUUUCAAUUGCCAAAGAAUUGUUUCCAAAAUACUGUUAAAUACUUGCCAACAUUUUCAAAAAUUAUUGUUACAUAAUUUAUUGUUUUGCUUGAGAUCAAGGCUAGGAUGUAGAAAAGUAAACCAUCUAGAGUUAGCAAAAUAAAACAGCAUAUCAGCCAUUAUGAAAUCGUGAAGUAUAUGCAAUGCAAGAUCAUUUCAAAGUCAUGUCCCCAGAAACUUAAACUACUCCUGAAAAAAGAGACUUAGGAGAAUUUUAAAUAAGUAAGUGAUAGAAUGUGUUCUUAAGAAACACCUUCUUUUAAAGGUCUAAAGGUAGGCAUUUUACUCAUUGUAAUCCCCUUUAAAAUAUUGGGUUUCAGUUGUGGGAAAUUACUCUCAAUUCCAGUUUUGUUUGAUUGUGAGGUUUUCCAGAAUCUUCCUGAGUAUAUUUAUUUUACCACUUAGGACUUAGCAUUUAAAGAUCAACAUUCUUACUUCAGUAGUUCUUACUGAUAAAGAGAAAAGAUAAGAAUCUCUAUUCAAAUAUUUGCCUUAUCCACCAUCAGUGAAUUUAACAAAACUGCCAGAUAAAUCUCAAGCAAUUGUACUUUUAAAUAAAAUUGUAUAAGGAAGAAAAUCAUGUCCCUAUACAGGUCUAUUUAAAAUUAAAGAACUUCCAUGUCCCCUAAUUAAUGAAAACAAUAUAAUAUUUUAGAUUAUAAUGUUUUAAUCUUUGUGAAUAUAAUUUAAAUUGGUAUUUUCCAUUUUUUCUAUAAUACCAGGUUUUAAAUAGAGAAGUACACAAAUUUCAUUAAUAACUAAUUAGUUUAUUCUCAUUGCUGGGAAUAAAUACAUUGAAAGUUUAUGUCCAUAAUUUGAAAGAAAUACUUACUGGUUUCAUUUCAACUGGGGAUCCAUGCUAUGAUAUUACUGGCUUAAUGGAGGGAAAUUCCCAAUAGCAUUGCACUGAGUUAUUUUCAGGAAGAGAAAUGUUAGAUAUUUUCAAAUGAUGAGACUCAAAGUAAUGUCACAUCUUUUAUUUUCUAACUGAUAUUUGCAAAUAGGAGCUCAUUAAUGAUUUUCAAAUCACCCUUUGACAAUUUUAAAUGAUGUUUCUUGACAUAGUAUUUCCAUCUUAGGGGAGACUCAAAUGUAAGUUGAUAUUAUUUCUGAUAUUUUUGCUUUUAGUACAAUAGAAUCCCAUUAGAAAGAAAGUAGAAUACUAGUAUGACUUUUGUAUUAUGGGUACAUUUUUGUGAUAUAGGUAUUCUGAAAUACCUAACAACUUUUGAUAUAACCAAGUCUAUGGUACAAAUGGCACUUAUAAUAGUAGUAGCAGAUAGCAAUAGUAAUAGUGGUGUAAUGUAGUAUAAUGAUAAUAAUGAUGAUAAGGAAUUUAAAGAUCCUUCUUUCUCACCCAAAUAAUAAUCCUAUCCAUAAAAGAGAGUCAGAAGUAGUUAUCUUGAAUUAUUGUGAGUUUCAAAGACUUUCAAAAUCUAAUUAUUAAAAACUUUUGUUAUAUAUACUAAAGACCAUAAAAUAGAACUCUAAACAAUAAAUGAACUUCUAUAGACCCUCAAAUAAGACUUAAUUUAUAUGUUGUUGAAAAUUCAGCAUCUGUGGGUUGGGGGUAUAGCUCAGUAGUAGAGCACUUAAAAUUCAACACCUACAGGACUUAACAGGAAUGGAUUUCCACACAGUUCACAUGUACAGGCUCACUUUGUAUCAAGUGCUAAGCAGCUUAGAGUACCCUGUAGUAACAUGCUCAGAUGAGUUUUAUGAGACUUUGUGCCAUUUUUGGUACUCCUUGCUGAAACAACAUCAUAUUUCUUUUUUUUAAAAAAAAGAAAAACUAAAUAAAUUCAUCUAAUGUCCCAUUCCUAUUAUAAGCCACAGAAAUCAAAAGUUAGGUGGGAAUUUGAUGUGUACUUACACAUACUAAGGCCUAAGGUCCUAGAGUCCUCGCUGUAUGUGUGAAGUAUUGUCCUAAACAAUCGACUAGAAAGUGCAUCUCCAGAAUCUUUCUUGACAAUUUUUUGUUUCCAAACAAGUCAUCUACUUGGAAAGCACUAAAACAUCAGAAUAUACGUAUAGCACGUUUUCUUGUCCAUCACAGAUAGAUCAAUGUAUGAGACAUUGCUAAGCAAGAACUUCUAAACUACUUUUCAUGAACUUGCACAAAAAUUCAAAUUUACCAUUUUGUUUAAAUAUCCAAAAUACAUCAGUAAUAUUAAGAUAUAUAUACAUUAAGAUUAAGCUUCAUAAAUUAUACUCCCUUGGGCUUAUAUAAAAUGUCAAGCCUCGGAGGCAGAAUAGGAGACAAGCAGAAGUUUAUUCCAUUAGCAUCUUCUUCUUUUCUGUAUAAACAGUUACUUUGGAUAUUUUUUUUUAAUUUGAAGCAGUAGUUAUAUGAAUUCAAUUUAUUCUGGUUAUGGGUUUCUGUUCUUGAAACGUAUUUUUGGAACUUAUUCAUUUAGAAAUAUGUUCAUGUAUAAUGGUCCAUAAUACUUCAUGUGAUGUAUCAUAAUGACCUUGAAAACAUGAGUAAGGAAGUCUUGAGAGUUCAAAAGAUUGGGCAAUGCCUAAGGAAGCAAGAACAGUAGAUAAACUUAAGGAAUAAAACACACAUAAAAAAACCCUUAGCUGUUGGUUCUCAUUUUACAUUAACAUUUUCCACAAUAACUUUGAAUCACAGUUUAAAAGACUGCAUAUCAUCUAAAUGAAGUACACUAUUAAAUUAAAUCUCUUAAAGGUUUUGAUGUCAGUCCUCAUACUCUAUGACCACUUUAUCUUCUCAUGUAACACAAUCUUUUCCAAAACGAGUAGUGUUUUAUUGUUCAAGUUGCUUUCUUAAAUUAGCAUAAAUGGAUUGUAUGUAUUUAAAUUUCAACACAAUUUCUUCCAAUCUAGGUAUAUUCCAAAUAUCUUAAAAUCCAUGUCCAUGUUAAACAUAGACUAAUUUUUAUAUUCAUUACCAUACCUUUCCUGCCUUUCUCUGUCUCUAUGUUCUUACUCAUUAUUAUUAUUAUUUUAUUUGCCUAUUUUUUUAACUUCAUAAUCCCUGCUCAUUUCUAAGUUGGCUUCCAGCGAACCAGCCCUUCCUCCCAUGCACAAAGCUUCACCUGGCUCAGACAAAGGAGCCUUCCAGAGAAAUGGCCAGAAGUGGUUGUCCCCGACAGAGGGGUAUCCACCAGCAAACUCUUUGUCCCCAACACCAUCUUCUUUUCUGGACAACUUCUUGGAUGAAUUAGAAAAGUUUAGCGCUCUAACCUUACCAGGUGACCAAGCCAAACCAAAUGGCCUGGAGGAGAUCAUCCUUGAAAUUAAGGAGGAGCCUCCUGUUCUCCUUCCAUUGCCUUCAGCAUCCCUAGCUGCUGACUCACGUCACUCUCUGUCACCUUCCCCCCACGUGAGCGUGACCCCAGUUGCAGCCCAGCCUUACAAUACAAAGCCACUUCAGGAUCCCAUAAAGACCACCCGAAACAAGUUUGCAGAUGGGAAGAAAAUGAAGAGAGGCUUUUCAGACCCUGAAAGGGUUCUUGAAGUACUGGGUGAUAAAUUUGUGUCCUCUGCCUGUACCAAUGUGGGUUCCUUGCCUGAAACCCUCCCUGUCAUUGGAGAGGAAGAUGAGGAAAUCUGUGAGGGGGUUGUGUCAGGCAUCCAGAGGUGGCCAGCAGAAUCUCAAGAACACGGUGUCUUGUGGUGUGGCCAUGAUGGCACAGAGGUGACACCAGAGCUGCACAUUGAAGAGGAGGAAGAAAAGGAGAAACAUGGCUGCCUAAAAUAUCCAGUAGGCAUCCCAACAGAUCCUAGGAUCUCUAAGGAAGACAGCAAAGCAGCAAAAUCCAGUCAUGAGCCACCUUCAUUUUCUUCGGGAGAUGGAGCGUCUACACCUUUUCCCAGCCAUCUGCCUUCCUCCCCUUCAUUCCAUUCUCCCUUGGCCUCUGUUUCUGACCUGGUCUCUACACUUUCUCAGCCUACCCAGCCCUACUCUCCUCUCCUCCCUAAAUAUUCUUAUCAACAGGAAAUAAGUUCACCAAAAUUAAAGGCUGAUUUAAAAAGCGAGAUAUUUGUCCUGGGUAAACCUCCUCGUAGCCCAGUGAUGUCUAAGAGAUCCUGCAGCUCACCUGGCGGCAGUUCCCACAGGGUAGGGUCAGAUCGCACCCACCUUGUGACAGUCAUCCGGGCCACUGUCCCUUUCAGUGGGCUGGCUCUUCCACAGUUGUCCUUGCUAUGAUCUGACAGUGAAGUAGGGCUGAAGAGAGACCCUUGAGAGGAAGUUACCAGCUGAUGAUGACCAGUGAAAUCAGAUCAACAGGAAAAUCCUGAUCUAAGACUUGGGGUCAUGGCCUUCCCUGGUGUGUGUGUCAGGUUUCCCAAAUGCAAAAAAGACAGGAUCAGUUUCCCACAAUACAAAUAAGGGCAGGAGUGUGUGCAGUUUUCUACAUCUGUCUCAUGUUUCUGGACUAAAUUGCUGCUUUCUAGUCACUGUGUAUGGUGCAAAACCCAAAACUGCUGCCAAUCAUAUAUUGAACUCACAUGCUUUCAGUGAUGUCGGCUUCCAUGUCAAUUUGUUCAGAUUUAUUUUAAUUCAUGAUCCUUGUGUCAGAAUGUGUUGUUUGUGUUGGUGGUGUAGGGGUGAACAUAGCUGCCUUCCCAAAUGUUUUGUUGCUCCCGUGACAAGUGCUACAUUCACUCAAUGCUCCUUUUAUCUCCAAUAUUGCUCUCUGGAGUCCAUGUACUCCCAAUUUUUUGACAGCUUUGAUCAAACUUAAAGGUCCAAUUACUGUCCCUUUAGCUGCUUAGUUCUAUACCAUCUGCAGCACUUUAGAGUGAAUGGAUUCUAAAUGGAACUGUCACUUCCGGGGAACGCAGCCAAGAAGUUUGGGAAUUCUCAUCUGUGCAUACGUUAGGAUUCCUUUUACCAUUGUUAGUUCAACAGGCCCUGGUUGAGUUUCACUAGCCAAUUACAAAGUUGUGGCUCUGCAUUUCAAGUUCCCAAAGGCUUCAUUUCAAGUUUUCCUUUUCCAUUUUUUAAAAUAUAGAUACUGUUCUGUGUUUAUGGCAUUUUGUGCUUUUUUUUUUUUUUUUUGCUUUGCAUAGUAAGACCUUGUUUUGUUGCUGAAGCAAUCUUCUGUUGCCAUAGAGAGAGAGGAAUGUCAGUUUGUAGAGAUUCUUAAACGCCUUUAAAUGGCCUUCCAAGCCAACACGCGCGCGCACACACGUAAUCUUUUUCCAAAAUUGAUAGAGCUCAUCCAUAAAUCCCCAUGGGUCAAUGAACUGGUAUGCUUUGGGUCACAGCAAGUUAGGUUACACAUUUGUGUGGACCAUAAAUAUUCUAUUUUCUUUCCACUUGUGCAAAGUUGUGUUUACUUUCAUAAUUUAAGAAAGAAGAAAAAUAAGCCUAUAAACAUAAACUUGGUACUGUUAUUAGGAGAUUGUCAGCCAUUUAUGUUGAUAAAUACUGCUAUUAACAUUUUCUGGGAAAAACUUGACUGAACUUUAGAACAAUUUAUCAUGCUUUCAAAGAUUUUUCAAUGUCAAUAUUUAAAGUAACAAUUCAUACUAUUUUCACAAUGAUGUCAUAAAAGAUAGAUGAGCUCACAGUUCAUGUAAGCCUCUCAGAAUGUCACAAAUAUAUAUGAAUCUUCCAGUAAUACCUUUGCAGAAGCAUAAAUAGAUUGGUUUUCAGACAGACUAUACCUCACAUGAGAAGGGAAAGUAUAUCUUCUUCUGAUGCCAGAGUAUCUAGGAUAGGUCAAACCAGUUUCUUUAUGAGCAGUGGUUUGUGGUUGAUCCUGGCUUUGUAAGUUAGCAUGUGUUAAAAACCUGUCUUUCAUCUUUGACAGCAUUAAAAAAUAAAUAAAUAACUACUCAUCAACCAAAAUAAAUAAAUAAAUACACUAAAAGAAAAAAGAGAUUGUUACAUUGCUAAGGGGGAAAUUAAAUACUUAUGGUACCAUAAAAAUAGCACGGUGCUGCACUGAAUUUUAUAAAUUUUAUUCUACUUUUAAGAUUCAUCAAGGAAAUAUAGGCAUGAUACAAUUCAAUUCUUGCUCACAUUUUCCAGAGCAGUGAUUGUAAUGUGUUAACUUGAAAACCGUCUUCUGGAGCUCACAGUUCGUGUAAGCCUCUCAGAAUGUCACAAAUAUAUAUUCUUCUAUAUUUAUCUCAGCCCUGUUAAGAAGUUAUGAGUAAUAGAAAUGCCUGGGCAGAUAGUUAAAAUAGAAAUGAACACAGACCAAAAACAUCGGUUGCUGACAAGUGAUUCCUGCUCAAGAAUGUAAAAUGUGGGAAGGGAAAAACAUGGUUAGGAAAACAGGUGAUUGCUCAUUCCACAUCAUUCUGUGGUCUUUAAAAUAUCCUUUCAAAAUUAAUCCAGGCUGAAGGAAUUUGGUGAGAGCUGACCAAAGGCAAAAACAACUUUUAGUGUGUUGCUGUCCCUACUCACCAUUAGGUGGCAAUCAAGGGCAGAUAUGGCACCAAUUCUAGGGUACAUGCACACUGAGCAGAAGAUGGUCUCCUGAGAUAAUUUGCUUGAAUAUCUUUACAAAGCAUAAACACCUAUCUUAGAGACAAAAUUAAGAUGUUGAUUAACCAAGUUGAGCCACCUAGCCUAUCUUAGUAAUAUUUCAUACAAUAAAGAGGGUUAGUAAAAUUUAUCAUCCCACUUUGUUUUCUAAUCUAUUUGUCACAUUAGGAAAUUAUCCAAUAGCUUUGGGUUUUGGUUUAUUUGUCUGAAAACAAAGCUGAAUUAUUACCAUUAUUGUUUUUAUGUGACCAAGACAAGUGAGAAUUAACCAGUAAAUGUCACUUGUCAGGGCUCUCUGACAAUUAAAUGCCUAAGAUUGAUGAGAGGCCCCUUUACACAGCCGAGGAAAUGUGGUUGUCUUUAUGAGUUCCCCAAGCGGAGAAAGAUUAAUCUUCAUCUCAUCCAACUCCUUGACUUUAGAGAUAAGAAAGCUGAAAUGAAUAAGUAGUCAAUGCCCCAAACAGACACAAAUGUGCCCUCAUAAAUAACUGCUCAUAAACAACCACUAACACUUUUUACACCACUCCUUAUUGGUCAAAUACCUUUGAAAUAAAUUAAUUCACAGGCUGGGGAUGCAGUUCAAUGACAGACCACUUGGCUGGCAUGCCCAAGGCCCUGAAUUUGAUCCCCAGCAAUACACACCCACAAAUUAACUAAUUCAAAAAACGGUAAUUAGUUACCUUUCCUCCAAAUUGGGUCCUAGUUAUCCAUUAACAUGGAGUGAGUCUUAUUAAAGGAAGUUUUGCAAAGUUUUAUGAGAGAUUCACAAUUUCUCUGUUAAUUAAGGCUGUGAGAAAUUCUAGCCUGUGUGUAUAAACAGUAUAGAAAGGGCGGCAGGCAGAGACAAGUUUUGAAGGAUGUGAAGGAAAGGAAAAGACCUAUUGGGAAACAGGGUCAAGAGCAAGGACAUUACUGACAGACACAGCCAGAAACACAAGCUCUUGACAUGCUGAGGCCUGCAGAACUAAGGGACCCACACACAGCAACAGCCCAAUUCUUCCAAUCCAAUCGUCAAAAGAAUAGUUCACGUAAAUGAUUGAAGAAGCAGGUUGAAUUAAAGAAAGUGAACUGGUAGAAUUAUAGUGAUGGAGAUAUAACAACUUUGAAAGUAGAGUUUUUAUUUUAAUAUAUAACUUCAUUUUUAAAAUGUUAUUCCCAUUUUAAUGAUAUUAAGUCAACCACUUUCACCAAACACUGAAUGCCUUUUAUAAAUUAUAACAUUUACUCAAUUUAAGCAUAUUAGGAUGAUUUAACUAUGUGGAAAUAGGCAGGCCAUCAUUAGAGCAUAAUGAAACAUUUUAUAAAACGUUUUCUCUUAAGAACAAAUAAUAUUUUUAUCUAUAACUUUUUUUUGUCUUACACUAUGUUUGGUGCUAUGAAAAUUUUUUGAAAGAAUAGUAGCUAUCAUGGUUGUUAUUUGAAAGACAGCAAAUUAGACUCCGUUAAAGACUCUUUUAUAUACACAAUACUUUUGAGUGAUUAAUGUGACAUUUUCAAAAUCAUGUAGCCUUAAUACAUAGUAAUAAAUAGUAAUUUGACUGGAAAUUUUACUCCUGUGAAUUAGUUUAAAAGAAGAAAAUAGCUUUUGAAUAUAAUGUUAAUAACAUUGUUAUUUAUAAUAGCAAAAAUAAAAAAAGAUUAGGCCAAUAAACUUCAAAAAUAAAUGGUUAAAAAAUAUAGUAUAUGGAUACAUAUGUGAGGGAACAUUAUUCUGCAGUCAUUUAAAAGAAAAAGAAAACAGAAAAGAAGACUUGGAAGUUAUUACAUAGUAUUAGUGACAAUAUAUACAGCUUUUACUUCAGCAUGCAAGAUAUUUUACAUAUAUAAAGUUUUGUUGAAUUAAAAAAGAACUUGAAGAAAUGUAACAUAGGUUUACGGAUGACUUACAGUUGCCUCUUUAUACAUUUAAAGUGAUUUAAUAUUUUAAAUCAUCAAAAAUGGCUGGAAAUGGUUUAAUCUUAAUCAUUCUUAAAAUAAUGUUUUAUCAUUUUAAUAAUAGAUACACUGUUAACAAUUUUCUAUUGGUUGAUGUGAAUAAACUCUUUUAAGGCCUUAAGCCAUCCACGUGUAUGUAAUCUUACCCAAACUUUAAUUUUAAGUUAUUAUGUGCAUGGACUAUUGAGUGAAAUACUAUUGGUAAUAGCUUCAAGUGAAUGGAUUCAGAAAUUGACAUUUUAGUAGUGUAUCCCAGAUAGCAUGGAUGGGAAGCAGUUGGAUAAAGAAUUUAGGAAGGGGACUGAUCAUUGAGUACAGAGAAUCCCAGAUUUCCCCAUCCAAGCCUGGGCCAGUGGUAUUUCCAUAGACAAUCUGCAGGAAAAACUUUUAAGCCUCUCAAUAAUCUAUUCAUAAUUAUGGGAACCUGAGAACUGGUCCUGAUGUCUAAGGACAUGGAUCUAACAAUUAAUUUCGUAAUCAAUAAAGAGUCACUGCCAUGCAAACUCUGAUUUUGUUAUUUCACCAUGUAACUGUCCUUUAAAAGAAAAUACUUUUGAAACGUAUUAUGAAUGAGUUGCAUGCAUUUCUCUCCCUAAAAGGUAACAGUUAGGUAGUCAAUUACACAAAUUUGACAUAUUCAACAAAUGUAUUAAUUUUCGUUCAUUGAAGUAUUUAUGUGGCUAUAUAGGAUGCUAAGGCUUGUCAUUUCCAAUAUUAUAAGUAUCUA